AUGGCUGCGUCCCCCGGCUCGGGCAGCGCGAACCCGCGCAAGUUCAGCGAGAAGAUCGCGCUGCACACGCAGCGUCAGGCCGAGGAGACGCGGGCCUUCGAGCAGCUCAUGACGGACCUCACGCUGUCCCGGGUUCAGUUUCAGAAGCUUCAGCAACUACGCCUCACACAGUCUCGAAACCAGUACCACGGAGGGUCAUUACCCAAUGUGAACCAGCUGCGUAACAGUGCCGCAGAAUUUCAGCCAUCAUUUCACCAGGUUGAUAACAUUCGAGGAACACGUCAUCAUGGGCUUGUGGAAAGAGUCUCCCGGAAUCGCUUUCAUCCCUUGCACCGAAGAUCUGGGGAUAAACCAGGAAGACAAUUUGAUAGCAGUUCUUAUGGAGCCAAUUACCCUGCCCAGCCUGGGGAUGAGAGUUGGACGAGGCAGCAGCCUCCUUGGAAGGAAGAGAAGCAGCCUGGAUUUAGGCUGACAUCCGCACUUAACAGGACCAAUUCAGACUCUGCUCUUCACACCAGCGCCUUAAGCACCAAGCCACAGGACCCCUAUGGAGAAGGUGACCAGUCUUCCUGGCCUGCCCAAUGCAUGGGUUUCUGUGAUGGUGAGAAUGAUGGAUUUGGAGAAGUUAUUCCUUUCUCCAGCCCUGUGAAAGAGGAGAAUCUGCUGAACGUUCCCAAGCCACUGCCAAAACAACUGUGGGAGGCCAAGAAGAUUCAGUCCCUUUCAGCUCGCCCUCGAUCCUGUGAUGUGGGAGGUGUCAAUGCCUUUCCACAUAAUGGCCAGAACACAGGACUAGCACCUUUUCUGGGGAACCUAAACACUGGAGGGUCAUUACCAGACUUAACCAGCCUUCAUUCCUCAUCCCCUCUACCGACAUCUUUGGAUCCUGACGGCCACUGGUUUGGCAGUAUGAGUGUUGGCAAUAGUAUGGGAAAUCUCCCAGCUGCUAUGACUCAUCUGGGGAUUAGAAGCUCUUCAGGUCUUCAAUGUUCUCGGAGUAACCCCUCCAUCCAAGCCACACUGAAUAAAACAGCACUUUCUUCCUCCUUAAAUAUCUGCCCACAGACAUCUGUUCACAAUGCCUCAGCUCUUCAGCCAUCACUCCGUCUGUUUUCACUUAGCAACCCUUCUCUUUCUACCACAAGCUUGAGCGGCCCAAGUCGGCGUAGGCAGCCUCCAGUGAGCCCUCUUACACUCUCCCCAGGCCCUGAGACACCUCGAGUUUUCAGCAGACAGUUUUCCUCUACUAGCCCUCUGAACCAGCCCCCUGCCUCCCAGGUUGUUCCUUCUGAUAGAAGUCCCCUUUCCUUCCUUCCCGCAGAAGCUCAAACCCCGCUACCACCACCUUAUCCCAUGCCCCACGAGCUCCCUGAGCACCCCCUGCAGCAACCCAGAGCCCCAGAACAAGCCCACGCCCAGCAGCCCCAGCUCUCUUCUCCACCACUACAUUCAGAUUUUGAGCUCCUCUCUCCCCAUAGCUCUUCUUUGACCAGCUUUUUCCCAGAUGUGUGCUUUGAACAACAGGCCAUAAGGCAAGGGCCAGCCUUUUCUCAACAGGCAGCCAUGAUGGAGCAAGCUCAGAGAGGGCUGCAGAAUUCCAUUCAGCUGCGACCAAAUUUCCUGUAUUCCAGUUGUGGGAGUUUCCCAAAUACCGUCCUAACUGAAGACACAAAUGCUAGUCUGUUCAAAGACCUCGGUAGCGCAUUGGCAGGCCUGCCAGAGUCGAACUUUAAUACAGACGGUCUUUUUCCUUUGGAUGAUGAGUUCCAGAUUGAACCCCUGAGCCUGGAUGGACUCAACAUGCUAAAGGACCCUAGCAUGGGGUUGCCUGACCCCUCUGUGGAGGAAACAUUUCGCUCCGACCGCCUGUGAGCAGGAGGUUGGGCUAAAGCAGCCGACUGUGUCUGAAGCCGUGCUGCAGAAGUGGUCCCCACCAGCACCGGAGCCAGCCCCCAGGAUCCAGCUCCUCACCUUGGAGGCUUCAGGCGGGGCCCAGACACAGCAGCUAUCCCGCAGUGCUGAGACCACCGGCCAACUGAGGCCCUGUGUCUGGGGGCAGCUGCUCUGGCGGGACAGAUGCCUCUUUCUGAAGAGCUCACUCGCUGUCAGCACACCUGGAGCUUCACGGUAGAAGAAUCGCGCCUAGCAGGAGCUGUUGCCAGCUUCAUCUGGUAGUCCCAAGAACAGUGAGCUCUAAGAAGGGAUUUGGGGCCUGGUGUGCUUCAGAGGGCUCUGUGAAAUGAUUACACCGGCUUAGCAUUUGGUCUGUGGGACUGUAGCUGGGCAGUGAGUUCUCAGCCAGCUGGUGCUCUGGCAGCAAAAUCCAGGCAGUCUCUGGUGACUAGUAGAUACAGCCCAGUGUACAGAGAGCAGCAUUGCUAUUUGAGAUCCCGUAAUUCUUUUUCCAAAGAAAGACAGGGAGCCCCACCCCAGGUUUUAACUGGGCAAACUGAAUGUUAAUUUGGCUUCUCUGUCUAUCUCAAUACCCCCUGCUACUUCCAUAUAUUUUUCGUGUGGCACAGGAAGGACAGUGUUAAUUGAUCACUGAGAAAAUGUUCCGUACUCUGAGGAGAAAACAGAGGCCUAGGAGAGACAAGAUGAUAGGGUACUCUGAGAUUAGCCAGCCGACUCUGCAGGAGAGUAGACCGGAUGGGAGGUUAGCAUUCUGAAUCUGAUUCCAUCUCGGCGGCAGGGUAUCCCUGGGCAGAGCUCCCUCCUCUGUGCCACGGGUGGUCAUGCCAGUCUGCCUUGCGGUGGCUAAUCUUAUAAUGCAGUGUUCCCCAAAGACCUGUCCAGCCUUGCUUUCUGCCCACUCUUUUCUGAUCUGUAUUUCUUUAUAUCACUUAGCAUGUGGUUAAGUGUGCACACUAAUAUGUGUGUGUCAUUAGACAGCAGAGUCCUACUUGAGUAAAGCCAGCAGGUUCUCUUUGGGAGUCACAUUCCACGAAGUGCAGUGGGGCUCAGGUUUCAGCUAGUCUCCUGAAUGCCUGAGCAUUCUGGGAGCCAGGGCUGGCCUUAGGUAGAAAGAGAAUCAGCACUGCAGAUUGAGUGGGGUUUGAAGGGCUCUGAGAAGUCAUUGCCACAAAAAAUGCUCCCCAUAGAUCUGUGUAGAUAUUGCUUUGGUUUCCUUAAUUAGAGAUUCAUUCCUUUGGGUCAAGAUAUUAUAUUCCGCAUUAAAACUAUUGUCAGUCAAUAACACCUUAAUAGACAGUAAUUUAGUAGAAGUUUUUUCCCCUGGGAGAACUCCUUGAGAGUUGAGAAAUGCAGUGAGUGGGUUUUGAUGGGUCCAGACCCCUUAGACAGUGGCAGGGUAUGUGGACUGAGCGAGCUCCAUCCAUGGGAGGCCCAAAGAAGCCAGGGAUGACUGAGAACACGAGAGCCCUGGACAGAUGAGCAGGGGAUGAGAGGCGCCCUGGAAACAAGGUGGAAGAACAGCUAGAGCCUGUGACCUUGUUCCCAGCCUCACCUUUUUGUAGCUGUGCCCAGGUCCAGCAAUAUUACCGUCUCCUUCAAAAUGGCCGCAGUUCAACUCAGAUUUAAUGUGUGGGUAAAUCACCCCAUCUGUCCUUGUAGUCGAAAAGAUUUUUAUCCUAACAUCUUAGAUGGCUUAGCUCUGCGGAGAGGAGAGCUGUUCAUCAUUGGCAAACAUGAGGAGUCAGCCUUGAGUAGAGUGGGGCUGAAGGGGCUCGUUCCUCAAAGCUCGUCCGAGGAGAAAGUCCCCCAUUUUCUCCCUAACCCCUCCAAGACUCCAUCUUUCCCAUGGCUCUUGCUCAUGGCUCGUCAGACUAGUCAGACACCUGCUGGCCAUAAGGGAAGCCCUCCAGAAAUUUAACUGGGACCAAGGGCUAGGCAGGUUAAUGAGAAGAGUUCUUUGUAUUCUUCAAAUUUGAGUUCUCAGGGUAAAAUUAUAGUAGUAUGCCUUCCAGCAUAAUUUAAUAACUACUACUAAAUCACCAGUGUGCCUGAAAAAAGCCUGAUCAUGUCUGACACUCCUAAACUGAAGAUGAAAAGAAAGUGACCAAUGAUCUGGUCAACCUCCCUUAGACCUGAUCAAGGAAUAUUUGCACAAACAUGCACAUGUACACAUACACACCCUAUUACAGAUGUAUAAAAGAAAAAGAUUGCAGUCCAGUGUCCCUCUCCCCAUCCUUUCCAAGCUCCUAUGCAGAGUGCCUUUCUCUCAAAGAGGUCCCAGUGCUCCACAUGGUGACCCUAACUUUGUACGAUUGGAGACCCAGGCAACUAAGGAGAGGAAGUUUACUGCUCGUAGAGCAUGAUCGGGCAAAGUGUGCCUUCCAGAGCAGCUCUUCAUGACUUUGUGGAGUCUAAUGGUGAGAACAUUGCUCAGCAUUGGACUCACUGCGUCCUGACAUCUGGAUCUUUUUUUUUUGUAAGAGGUUUGGGGCAUCAUCAAACCCACCUCCCUUAGAUUGUGUGAAGGAUAUACCACACAGUCAGCAGGGGUCAGCGGCCAGCUGGCCAGAUCCCUGCCUGGGAAGCAGCUGCGUGCUUCACAAUCAACUCUUUGUCAACACUUAGUUAAGUGGAAAGAAAUCACCUGUUUUGUUAUUCUCACUCACUAGCAGUUAUGGCAUAGAACUAAAACGUCUCCUGGCUCCCACUCCCUUCUCACCCUGAAGUUGUGGACUUUCAGUUGCCCACUGGUAGAAGAGGACUCGCUUGGUGACUUCAAGAUUAAACCUCCACUGUCCGUAAUUUUCUUUCUUCUAAAUCUACAGUGUAUUAUCUGAAAUAAAAUAUGACAUAUCCGAGCACAUCUGUAUCUUUGAAGACCUUUUUGGCAUUUGUUAUUUUAGUUGGCUCUUGUAAUUUGUGUACAGAUGGUUCUGAGUGUAUUUCAGACAUUUCAGAAAGGGACCAUCCCUCCUACUAAUUGGACUUGCUUUCGGUUACCUAACUUCUGUGCUCCACAUUCGAUUAUAUUUUUAAAAAAUUGGAAUUUGUGUAAAGUAACUUCCAAGUUUUAUAACGCAUUGUUUUACAUCUUUCAUAAUUAAAAGCAGCACAAUAAAGUUCUAUACUUG